AUGGCUUCACGACCACGGGGAACAAACUUUCGGGGCCGUGGUGGCUCUCGAGGUGGUAAGGGCGGCGAAUUUGGCUCUGGUGCAAGAGCGGGCGGUCGGUAUAAGAAGACGAAAACGAUCGAUGCGAAGUCACUACUAGCUACGGAUGGAACGUCGGUGGAGGAGAAGUUUGAGAAUACGAAGCUUGCCAACGAAAUCGAUGAUAGGAUGGGAUUUGAGCGAUUCGAAUCUGGGUCUAGAAAGAUCGGAUGGCUGAUCAAUAUGCAUGCGACGACGAUUGAAGACGACCAAGUCGUAGGUGGGAAGGCAGGGAUGGACUAUUAUUUUCUAGACGAUUUCGGAGGCUCAUUCAAAGCUACUGUCAUGUACGAUCCAUAUUUCUUGAUCGCGACAAAGCUCGGCUUUGAAGGAGAAGUAGAAGAAUGGCUACGCCGAAAAUUCGAGGGUGUCGUCAAAAAGAUGUCUCGAUUAACAAAAGAGGAUCUGCAAAUGCCAAACCAUCUGCUAGGCUACCGGCGGACAUUCAUAAAGCUAGAAUUUGAUAACGUAUCGGAAUUGCUUUCCGUGCGGAAAGUUCUUAUGCCCAUAGCGGAGAAGAAUAAAAAAAACGUCAAUGCCAUGGAUGCUUAUGCGGAGAUUGUCAGUGCAAAUUCUGGCUUCGAUUUCCUUGAUGAUGGUACGGAUCGAAAAACGGCCGCGACUGUAGACGCCAGUGACUAUAUAAUCGACAUCCGAGAGUAUGAUGUUCCGUACCAUGUCCGUGUAGCUAUCGACCUUAAUAUCCGAGUCGGUCGCUGGUACAACGUUGAAGCAAAGCACGGGGAAGUCUCACUCUCCCUUAUUGAGGACCGUUUAAAGCGUGCGGAGCCUGUUGUUAUGGCUUAUGACAUCGAAACUACUAAACUCCCCUUGAAAUUCCCUGAUGCAGUAAUUGACCAAAUCAUGAUGAUAUCAUACAUGAUUGAAGGUCAAGGGUUCCUCAUUACCAAUCGAGAAAUCGUCUCACAGGAUAUCGAGGAUUUUGAAUACACCCCUCGCCCAGAAUACGAGGGUCAAUUCAUCAUCUUCAACGAACCUGACGAGAAGGCUGUAAUUGAGCGCUUUUUUGAGCAUAUCAAGGAGGCAAAACCCACAGUAAUGGUGACAUAUAACGGAGACUUCUUCGAUUGGCCGUUUGUCGAGGCCAGAGCCAGUCUAUUAGGAAUUGAUAUGUACACUGAGAUUGGGUUCCGAAAGAAUAGUGAGGACGUGUACCAGAGCAAUUACUGUGCGCACAUGGAUGCGUUUUCAUGGGUAAAAAGAGAUUCAUAUCUACCACAAGGAAGUCAGGGCCUCAAGGCGGUUACGACUGCAAAGUUGGGAUAUGACCCGGACGAGUUAGAUCCAGAACUUAUGACGAGAUAUGCGAUAGAAAAACCGCAGACUUUGGCAGAAUACUCGGUUUCCGAUGCUGUGGCAACAUAUUACCUCUAUAUGAAAUAUGUGCAUCCGUUCGUUUUUUCGCUAUGUACAAUUAUUCCAUUAGGUCCGGACGAUGUGUUGAGAAAGGGCACGGGAACGUUAUGUGAGAUGUUAUUGAUGGUGCAAGCAUACCUCAAGGAUAUUGUUCUGCCGAAUAAACAUAAACAAACAGAAGAGGCUUUCUAUGAGGGACAUUUACUAGAGUCAGAGACAUACGUGGGGGGGCAUGUCGAGUCUAUUGAGUGUGGGAUAUUUCGUUCUGAUCUGCCAGUGAAUUUUGUGAUUGAUACGAAGGCGAUCGAUGAUUUAAUACGAGACCUGGAUGCCGCUCUAUCCUUUAGUAUUGUUGUGGAGGAGAAGAAAAAGGUGGAGGAUGUCACGAACUACGAGGAAAUAAAAGAACAGAUUAAAUCCAGGCUCAUGAAGCUUAAAGAGGUCCCGAUAAGAAACGAACGGCCUUCGAUCUAUCAUUUAGACGUAGCCUCUAUGUACCCAAACAUUAUGACUACAAAUCGUCUUCAGCCUGACUCUAUGAUCCAAGAGUCCGACUGCGCAGCCUGCGAUUUCAACCGUCCUGGAAAAACAUGUGAUCGACGAUUACCCUGGGCCUGGCGUGGCGAAUACCUUCCUGCAAAGCGCGACGAAUAUAACAUGAUUAAGCGUGCACUCGAGAAUGAGCGUUUCCCACCAAGGUAUCCAAACCAGCCGGCAAGAACCUGGAAUGACCUUUCGAGUGAGGACCAAUCGAAUGCUAUAAAGAAGCGAUUGCAAGAAUAUUCUAAGAAAAUCUACCAUAAGAUUCAUGAGAGCAAAACAAUCGAAAAGGAAGCCAUUAUCUGCCAACGCGAGAAUCCUUUCUAUGUGGACACGGUAAAGGAUUUUCGUGAUCGUCGGUAUGACUUCAAAGGACAGCAGAAGGUCUGGAAGCGCAAGACAGAUGAUCUUGCAUCUUCCGGUGCAACAGCUGGAGAAAUCGACGAAGCCAAGAAAAUGGUGAUUCUAUUUGACUCACUUCAACUUGCGCAUAAAGUCAUUCUCAACUCUUUCUAUGGAUAUGUUAUGAGAAAGGGAUCUCGAUGGUAUUCGAUGGAAAUGGCUGGUGUAACUUGUCUUACUGGUGCACACAUCAUUCAGAUGGCUAAGGAGUUGGUUGAACGAAUAGGGCGACCAUUGGAAUUGGAUACCGAUGGUAUUUGGUGUAUCCUCCCAGCCACAUUUCCAGAGAACUUUGCGUUCGCUUUGAAGGGUGGGAAGAAACUUCCGAUUUCCUAUCCUUGUGUCAUGUUGAAUCAUCUUGUCCAUGCGAAAUUUACGAAUCAUCAGUACCAAGAACUUAAGGAUCCGAAAACAUUCAGAUACGAGACACAUAGCGAAAACAGUAUUUUCUUCGAAGUAGAUGGUCCGUACAGAGCUAUGAUCUUGCCCACAUCAAAGGAAGAAGACAAAAAUUUGAAGAAACGUUACGCCGUUUUCAACCAUGACGGGAGCUUAGCAGAAUUGAAGGGAUUUGAAGUCAAACGCCGUGGUGAACUAAAGCUCAUCAAGAUUUUUCAGUCUCAAAUCUUCAAGUUCUUUCUGGAGGGCACCACCCUAACAGAGUGUUAUGAAGCGGUUGCAAAGACUGCCAACAGGUGGCUAGACGUGCUUCAUCAACGCGGUUCUACCUUAGCCGACGAAGAGCUUAUCGACUUGAUUUGCGAGAACAGGAGCAUGUCGAAGACUCUUGCAGAGUACGGCUCCCAGAAAUCAACGUCUAUUACCACGGCAAAAAGGCUGGCUGAGUUCUUGGGGGAGCAGAUGGUGAAAGAUAAGGGGUUAAAUUGCAAAUAUAUUAUUUGUUCAAAACCUAGGGAUGCUCCAGUUACAGAGAGAGCUAUCCCAGUUGCCAUUUUCUCUGCAGAGCUGUCCGUGAAGCGACAUUUCUUGAGGAAGUGGUUGAAAGAGGAACCUAGCGAUAUGGAUCCACGGGCACUCCUUGAUUGGAACUACUAUCUCGAGCGUUUGGGAUCUGUCAUCCAGAAACUCAUUACCAUCCCAGCCGCGCUUCAAAAAGUGCGGAAUCCAGUACCGAGGGUUGCUCAUCCUGAGUGGCUACAAAGGCGGAUUAACAUCAAAGACGACAAAUUCAAACAAAAGAAAAUGACAGAUAUGUUUGGAAAAAGAAUUGCUCCAGUGAACGAGGUUGCGAGCAGCUUACAAGCUACCAGCCUAGGUGACAUGGAAGACUUUGGCAACGCAUCGGUAGCAAAGCCAAUGUUGGUCGGGACUGCUGUAAGACUUCAAAAGAGGAAAGCUCCAGAGAGCGUUGCGCCGAACGAUCCAUUUGCUAGUCUGCCUGAAAUCAUGCCUUCAAUGACCGAGGAUUAUCGAGAAUGGCUACAGUACCAGAAGAAGAAGUGGAAACUGCAAAAGCAUGCCAGGAUGAGACGGAAACAACUGUUUGGUGAUAGGAGCGGCCCGCAGAGCGAUAAAUUAGGGACCUUCUUCAGAAACCAGAUAGAGUCAAUGCUUUCGGGCACUUGGGAGAUUCUACAGCUCAGGGCCACUAAUAUGCCUGGUGAAAUUCGAGCUUUUAUCUUGGUCGAUAAAAAAGUUGUUACUUUAAAGAUCAAGGUGCCCCGCCAAGUGUUCAUCAAUUUCAGAAACGAUGAUCUUCCCAGGGUUGUUGUGAAAGGAUGCACAAUUGAAAAAACGAAUCACAUUCUUCCCAAUGGACAUCCAUCGACCAACCUUUCUAAGCUCACGGUUCCUGAAGAUACAUUCAUCCAAGAAGCCAAAGCAUUCUCUGUCAUCUUCAACCACCCUAGUGUGGAAGGUGUGUAUGAAACACAAGUACCACUAGAGACUCGAGUUCUGUUGGAGUUGGGCAACAAUUGUACCUUUGAUGAUACUCAGAUAGGUGUUCUUGGGAAAGGUCUUGAACACGGAUUUGAAUUAUCGACACUCAAGGCAAAGGUUGACACUAAGCCUUACCUCCAUGAGAGCCCGCUAGAAUUUGGUUUCUUAUAUCACGUAAUUGCUGGGGACCGACAAAUCUUUGGACUUUUCUCGACUGCAAAAGACGAAGCCCACGUACUCGUUUAUAAUACCACCCGAGACGCACAAAAUCUGCCGAAUAUGGAAAAAAUAUACGCUGAACAAUUCUCCCGGAGAUACAAAGAACAGAAUGGCCCUUGGCAAACUUCAUUUGAUUAUCCUGAGACGCUACGCUUCGAUAUAUCGUACGUCAACACGAAAAAGAAGCUACAGAAGGGGUUGAGUGAUCUCGUUAAGAAAGUUCGCUCCGAAGAGUCGAAACCGACUGUCUUAGUCAUUCAAUCUUCACAGAGACGAGCCUUAGUGGAAAGUGUACCUGCUUUAAAUGAUUUUCCGAUUUUAUCACUACGCUCAGAUGCUUCUGACAGCAACCUUCCGCCCUUGGGUUGGCAAACUUUUGUGGCAAAACGUAUCGUUACUCGUUACCUAGCCCUGGGAUCCUGGAUCUCUGACUACAUGGAAUUGGCGCGUUAUGGUGAUGUUCCAAUCUGCAAUCUCGAGAAAGAUGACCCUAGCUAUUUAAUUGAUGUUGCUUAUGCUCGGCGAUUACAAAAUAAUAAUGUUGUGCUUUGGUGGUCACCUUCACCAAAACCAGAUCAUGGGGGGUAUGAGAAGGAUGAUAUUGUUGGAGCCUUCGAAACGGUGGAAAUGCCUGCUAUCAACAAUCCAGGCUCUUAUUCCUCGGUCUGCAUCGAAAUAGACGUUCGGAACCUCGCCAUCAACACCAUCCUUACCUCCUCCUUGAUCAAUGAACUUGAAGGGAGUGACUCUGUGUCCUUGAACACAGCAGCACCAACCGAUGACAAUCCAAGUGACGGAACCAAUGUAAUAUUUGCCGAUAAUGCAUUUACGACAGCCGGCGUCACUGUACUACGUGAGAUGGUGAAAGCAUGGUGGGCGGAAGCUUGCAAAGGGAGCCACACAGCGGACGUCAUGGUUCAGCAUCUAGUGCGAUGGGUUGAGAAUCCAGGUUCUUUUCUAUACGAUCGAGCCCUGCAUUACUAUGUUCAAACAAUGUCGAAAAAGGCGCUCUUGCAAUUAAUGACAGAUUUUCGCCGAGUUGGAUCGAAUGUUGUUUUUGCAAACGCGAACAAGCUUCUGGUCCAGACAACAAAAGCUGAUGUAGGCAACGCGUUCGCCUACAGUGAGUACAUCAUAAAAUCUAUUCGGGCGAAGCCGCUAUUCCAUUUUCUAGAUCUUGAAAUCAAGGAGUACUGGGACUAUCUCGUAUGGUAUGACGAGGUAAACCAUGGCGGUAAAGCCUGCCAAAAUAUCGAGGAGGAUAAAAUUGAACAACCACUCAAUACGAUAAUGCAUUGGCAAUUUGCAAAGUUUUUACCCGAGGCCCUUCAGAAUGUUUUCAACGAGUGGGUAGUUGAGUUUGUUGAGAUCAUGCACAAGCAGAAGCACCCAGAACCUUCAGGAUCCGAUCCGUCAACCCCUAGACCUACACAAAUCUACUUCAAAGUUUCAGAGGACGAGAAUAGUGACAAGAUUGUUCUUGGAAAGGAGUUCUCAAAACCAUUGCGGAAACAAAUUGGUCAAUUGAUUCGUCGACUUCAAGAAUCGAUGCUCCAUUCAGAGCCCGACGUCGACUUUGAAUUUCCCUCUUUGCCUGGCGCAUACAAGCCGCUAAAAAACCCUGUUCUGCAAUUGGUCCGGUGUCUGACAGCGGUUUUUGGCCUAGCAAAGGAAAUAAAUCUCGAAGCACGCGUGCUAAGGAAGGAGCUUCUUGGCAUGUUUGACGUUAAAGAAUUUAGCAAGGAUGGCAUCUUUGAGAAUCCUAGCGAGUCAUUAAAAUUUUCUCAAGUUGUUUGUUCCAGUUGUACGAUGACCCGAGAUAUGGAUCUCUGCAAGGACGAGGACUUGAUACCAGAUGUGGUAGGUGAAGGAGCACAUGCCCGAGAGAAAGCGUGGAAAUGCCUCUUUUGCGGGACAGAGUUUGAUAGACUGGCAUUCGAGGAAAAGAUGAUCGGACAGUUGCAGCAAAUGAUCACGGCUUACAAUGCUCAGGAUCUCAAGUGUGGCAAAUGCAAGCAGCUCAAAGCAAACGACUUUCAAGAGCACUGUGCUUGUUCAGGGGCGUGGGUUUUGACGAUGGAAAGGGAGCUGUUGGUGAAACGUUUGAGCGUGUACAGGAGUGUUGCAGAUUUCUAUUCUUUCAGAAUGUUGUUGGACGUUGUCGAUGAGAUAAUCGCUGGUAUAUGA